AUGAUAAGAUCGACACAGAUAGCCCGCGUGGGCGACGGUCUGAUGCUCUGCGCAUCUGUCGACGAUGAGCAGAGCGAGUCCUCCCUGGCCGAAGUCAAGUCGCAGAUCAAGCUGAUCCUGCGGAGGCUGAACCGAAACUCAGAGCCGCAAGCCAGCAUCGAAAGCGGGAACUACACAUUACAUUACCUCAUCGCCAAUGAGAUUCUAUUCCUCUGCAUCUGCGACCGUUCGUACCCGCGGAAGCUAGCCUUUACCUACCUCUCGGACCUGUCCGCCGAGUUCUCCAACUCGUACUCGCCCCAGCAGCUGCACAGCCCGUCGCUGCGGCCGUACGCCUUCAUGGAGUUCGACACCUUCAUCAGCCGCACCAAAGCCACGUACGCCGACACGCGCGCCACGCAGAACCUCGACAAGCUCAACGACGAGCUGCGCGACGUCACCAAGGUCAUGACCAAGAACAUCGAAGACCUGCUGUACCGAGGGGAUUCCCUCGAGCGCAUGGGCGAGAUGAGCUCGAGGCUGAGGGACGAUAGCAAGAAGUACCGUAAGGCCGCCGUCAAGAUCAAUUGGGAUCUGCUCCUCAAGCAGUAUGCGCCUAUAGGUGUUUUUGGGAUAAUCGUAUUGUUAUUUAUCUGGUUCCGAUUCUUCUAA